CGCAGGAGGAGGACCGUCACACAGGAGCGGAGCCGCGGCACUGGAGGGAAGCCUCCGAACAUCUCAGCUCAUCUCUGAUAUCAAAGCCCGUCUGUUUCGUGCGGAGCCCUGAUAUAAACAUAUAUUUAUAAUAAUAACUUCCGGAAUUUGCAUAUAUCAGCCAGUGUAGUGGAGGAAAACGGCGUCAUCCUGACCGAGUAUCCGCCAGCAUUUCGGAAAUAACCGAGGAGUUACUACACUCCCCGAGCCCAAGGCGAGCAUCGUGGCUCUGUCAGAAGUGGCAUGUUCCAGGGAUACUGCGGGCACAGUUGAACUCCUGCUUUCACCCAAAGAGGAUUCAAUGAAAAUGUCCGUGUGCGUCCAUGAGAACCGAAAAUCGAGAGCCAGCACUGGCUCUAUGAACAUCUACCUGUUCCACAAGUCCUCCUACGCUGACAGCGUCCUCAUGCACCUGAACUCACUGCGGCAGCAACGGCUUUUCACGGAUGUCUUGCUUCAUGCCGGCAGCCGCUCCUUCCCCUGCCACCGCGCUGUGCUGGCCGCCUGCAGCCGCUACUUUGAGGCCAUGUUCAGCGGCGGGUUGAGGGAGAGCCAGGCCAGCGAGGUUGACUUCCAUGACUCCAUCCACCCGGAGGUUUUAGAGCUCCUGCUGGAUUAUGCAUACUCGUCACGCGUGGUCAUCAACGAGGAAAAUGCAGAGUCACUAUUGGAGGCAGGGGACAUGCUGGAGUUUCAGGACAUCCGUGAUGCCUGCGCUGAAUUCCUAGAGAGAAACCUUCAUCCAUCUAACUGUCUUGGCAUGCUGCUGCUGUCUGACGCCCACCAGUGUACCAAGCUGUCAGAGCUCUCCUGGGGCAUGUGCCUCAGCAACUUCCCGGCUAUUUGCAAGACAGAAGACUUCCUCCAACUGCCCAAAGAUAUGGUGGUGCAGCUUUUGUCACAUGAGGAGCUAGAGACAGAAGAUGAGAGACUGGUUUAUGAAGCUGCCCUUAACUGGAUCAACUAUGACCUGGAAAGGAGGCAUUGCCACCUGCCAGAGCUUCUCAGAACGGUCCGCCUUGCCCUGCUGCCCGCCAUUUUUCUGAUGGAGAAUGUCUCAACAGAAGAGUUGAUCAACGCCCAGGCCAAGAGCAAGGAACUGGUGGAUGAAGCUAUCCGCUGUAAACUGAAAAUCCUGCAGAAUGAUGGUGUCGUUAACAGCCCGUGUGCUCGACCACGAAAAACUAGCCAUGCCCUUUUUCUUCUGGGGGGGCAGACUUUCAUGUGUGACAAGUUAUACCUGGUGGACCAGAAAGCCAAAGAGAUCAUCCCUAAGGCUGACAUACCAAGCCCCAGGAAGGAGUUCAGCGCCUGUGCCAUCGGCUGUAAGGUUUACAUCACUGGUGGGAGAGGCUCAGAGAAUGGUGUGUCUAAAGAUGUAUGGGUUUAUGACACCGUCCAUGAAGAAUGGUCCAAAGCAGCUCCAAUGCUCAUCGCCAGGUUUGGCCACGGCUCCGCGGAGCUGAAACACUGCCUCUACGUGGUAGGAGGUCACACCGCCGCAACUGGCUGCCUCCCGGCUUCUCCAUCAGUGUCACUCAAACAGGUGGAGCAGUUUGACCCAGUGGCAAACAAGUGGACCAUGGUGGCUCCUUUGAGAGAAGGUGUGAGCAACGCAGCAGUGGUCAGCGUCAAGCUCAAGCUGUUCGCCUUUGGAGGAACCAGCGUCACCCAUGACAAGCUGCCCAAGGUGCAGUGCUACGAUCCACAGGAGAAUCGAUGGACUGUGCCAGCAUCCUGCCCGCAACCAUGGCGCUACACAGCCGCUGCCGUGCUGGGAAACCAGAUCUUUGUCAUGGGCGGGGAUACAGAGUUCUCAGCAUGCUCGGCUUACAAGUUUAGCAGCGAGAGCUACCAAUGGACUAAAGUGGGCGAUGUGACAGCCAAGCGCAUGAGCUGCCAGGCUGUAGCAUCAGGGAAUAAACUGUAUGUGGUGGGCGGGUACUUUGGCACACAGCGGUGUAAAACUCUUGACUGCUAUGACCCCACAUUGGAUGCUUGGAACAGCAUCACUACUGUGCCAUACUCGCUCAUUCCCACUGCUUUCGUCAGCACCUGGAAACAUCUGCCCGCUUGAGCGUCAAACCCUCUACCUACAUCGUUUUCAUGAGAUUUCGCUGUUUUGCAUCAUCUACUGGACUCCAACUGUGAAGAAACACAUUCUCUUCCUCUAAAAGAGACAAUGAGCAGUGAUGUACAGACACCCACAUUCAUUUUGAUGUUGCAGAGAUGCAGACACAAGACACGAACAAGCUGGACACUUUACCGGAAUGAUGUCAUCUCUUGUUUCUGAGAAGGAAGCUGAGACACACAGUGCAGUAAUUCAUGCAAAUAAACCAAACAAACUGCUGCUUGUUAUAGGCACAAACUGCAACCAUGCCUACAUCUAGCAUAUCAAGCUCCCAUGCUGCCAUAUGAGGACUGCAAACAUAUUACACAACCUGCAUUUUCCCAUUUAGUCAUGACUGGCCUGUGAGGAUCUGUAUUGAUGUUUUUCUCUAUGAUAAAAAAGAAGAAAAAAAUACUCUCUUCAUGGAGACUGCAAUGUAUAGCAUGAUGAAUGUUGUAUUUAGAUUGAAGGAGGGAGAAUGCAAUGAUUGGUGUGCUAAAGAACAGAAAGCCACUCAGUUUGACUGAAUACAGCUGAUUUAUAAUAAGCACAAUGAAGGAGCAGAUCUCCCCCUUCUAUCCUCUAAUAAGCUCUUUUGUUUGACCCAUGUAUCUUAUUAUUAUUUUUUUUAUUUCAAAGGCGUGCUUCGAACAGCUCAGACACAGAGACAAACUUUGAGUGUUCCUCUUAUGAAAGCUUUGGCAGUUUGCUGUCACUGCAAGCCACGAGGUGUUGAUGACCAACACCAGCUGAGGCUGAGGAGGAUGAAGGGAAUUUGUGCGUGGCCAGGGUGGUGGGGGUGGGGGUUGAGGUGCCUCAAGGUCACGACCUUACAUGUUUGCUGUUUUGCAGCUACGCAUUAAUGCCCGGUGAGUGCCGGUUAACAAACCCACUGUACACAGGGGCAGUAUUCAGUGUUUGGAUUCAGAGCUUCAGAAUGGACACUGUCACAUUCAACUGUACACUUAAUGCUGUAAAAGACCGGCUGUGCUUCUGUUAUUCUGAUAAAAGCAGUGGCUUGCUUGCUGAGUCAUAGAUGAAGCCUUUUUAGAGCAUGUCCACUCAUAGUGAUUCAGUAAAACUGGCAUGAACUCUUCUCUGUGGUCGCAGAAAUCUUGUCACCUUAACCUAAACUGAGAAUUAAUCAGUUUCUUUUUAAACUUGCUGCAAUGUAGUCUUAAUUUAUAUGACAAUGAUUACUCUGUUAUGUUAAUAUGUUUAAUCCUAUUUAUUUCUUCUCUGCCUGCAUUUGUAUGUGAAUGUAUGUUUGGGUUAUGUCAUGCAUGGCCAGGUGUGGUGUUUUAUUUGAUCUCAGUUGGGCUGCAUUUUGCACAGUUUAGUCUUUCCCAGGAGGAACUUGUUCUUUUAAAAGAGACGGAAGUGCAACUCUCCCAGGGUUUUCAGUCAGGUCAGAGUGUGGAUGGAAGAGGAAGAAUGGCUCCAAUGACGUAAAGCAGUUUAGGCCACAGGGUCACUGCCCAAAUAAGAAGACUGAAUGGAUGGUUGAAAGAAAGAAAUAGUCAUUUUACUUCUGAUAGAUUCUCUUAAAGCUCUAACCUGGAUCCAAACCUGCCUUAAAUUGGCCCGUCAGGGCCCGUACCAACAAAACAAGAAGAUACGAAUCAGAAAACAGAUAAGCCUGCUGGAACAGUGCAGCAUGUGACCCAGCAACUACCAGGGACAUCACAGAGUAACCCUGACAUGUUUAAGAAUGCGAUGGCCUGCGCAGCUGUCCUUGAGACAGCUGGAGGACCGUCACAUGUGCUAACAUGGCUCAUUGGAGUGUUAAUCCACAGUCUUCUUCACCAUUAAGUUGAGAGAGAGUUGAAUCCAGUAAGCUGUGCAUCGAUAAGGGCAGACACCGCAGUGCUUUUUCAUUAUAGUGUUAAUGAGAGAUGUAAAAAAAAGGAAAAAAGAGAAAAACACUGCAAGUUCUUAAAGACCAAAAAGCGAGAAUGUCCUAAACACUUGCAUAUGAAAUUCUUGGUAAAUCUAAUCAGUGUUUUUGUCUGUAUGUUUCUCUAAGUAACCUGAACAUUGACGUUUUACAAUUGAAUAUUAAUGGACUCAUUGAAUUUCAAUGUAAGAGGUAAUGUUUCAGUGCAAUGUGUAUAUAAUUUCUUCAGAUGUCUUUCCUCGUGGAUUCAUGAAUCAAACCAAAUCUGUGGAGAUCAAUUGGUAAACAGCCCGGUAAACUCCUGCUCAGCUCCUUAAGCCACCCAGAAGUUCAUCCUUUUAUUGGAAUUUUCAGGACUUCUGUGGAGACCCUUGUGGCUCCAUAAUGUUGACCUCCUCCAGCCAUUGAACACAGAGCCUCUGGCCCCACCAAUCAGACGGGAGCAUUUCUUUCCCAUAGAACACAAGUUUCCCUGGCAACAGCGAGUAAUGAAUGCCCCUUCAAUUUGCUCCUAAUUGCUGAGUGGCAUUUCCCAUUUCUACUCUUGCCCUCGUCUUAUUCUCUGUUUUAUCUGGAAAUCCAGCUGGCUCAGACUGGAACACAGUAUCCUACUUCACAUAAUGAUGUAAAUUAGACAGAAAACACUGUCAGUGUGCAUCAGUUUCUUUUCUUCUGCUUUUUUGUCAUGUAAGAGUUUAUUUCUAUUUUUAUGACAUUAUUUUGUACAUGUGAUUUUUUUCACAAUGUGAAAUUCAUGGCUAAUAAACAUAAGAGUUUUUUCCUCUUGACUGUA